AUGGCCAACUCGGCGGACCGAGUCUUCCAUACUUUGGAGCUGGCUCAGCAAAUCGUCUUUGAGCUAGAACUCAAGGACUUCUUCAGAGCAUUAUUGAUCACAAAAGGACUUUGGGAAAGCCGUAUACCAAACCACGUUUGGGAGGAACAUCUUAUGCGUCUUGGAUACCCACUUCACACUAUUCGACAAACCCGUCAUUCGCUGAAGUCCUGUUAUAUGAGCAUAUCUCAAGCCGCCGAUGCCCUCAGUCACGGAGUCAUCCCCGGAUCGAACCUUAUGAGUUUGGAAGAUGAACUUGGAGGGAAUUAUAGAUACGAAUACCACUUUGAUGGCGACAUGGGAGCGCCACUCAUUAUUCAAUCGUCCCCGCCAGCCAAAGUGUCAGACAAGUGCAACAUCUUUGCGAUAGAUAUCGAAGACUUACGCCUCUUAUUCACAGACAUAGAGAAUUUCCCCAGAAGCGUAGUGCUCAAUGGCACUGCUCUCCUAGGACUAGAUCACAGUGCUGGGGACAUAUAUACACCUCCCGUUGUUCUAUACAAUCUGGAUGACUGGUCUCUAGUAAACAAGUUUACAAUCACUCGUCCCAACAACGAUGAGAACAUGAACUGGCUGAGAGACUACCAGCUCUAUAAUAAUUUCAUUGUAGUUACUUCCGUCAUCUUUAACCAGGCAGAGGAUCUGAUCCAGACUUCGUUCGAUGUUUGGGACGUUCAAGGAACGAAACAUGGAGAAAUCAUUGUCCCUGAUGAACAAGGGUUUGCAGACGAUCCGUUCCAUUCCACUGACGGCCGUCACUACUUGACGAUACUUAGCAACCCCUUGUUUGAAAAUCGCUUACAAACUACUAUUCAGAUAUGGGACCUGGAACGGAUGGAGUUGACAUAUAAAUACACCAUCUCCCAAGAAGACAUGGAAAAAGAUCAUUGCUGCCAUACAACAAAUGGUAUUGUGUACAUUUGUGACGAUUUAGCCAAAGUUUCCGAGUACUGGGCUGUUGAUGGAAGACCUAUUUCCAGGAAAGUUGCAGAGAUGGAAUUCAACUCUGAUCACUCAAGAAAGUUCUCAGAUGGGAGCAGAAUCGUAUGGGAAAAGUGGCUUACACUGUACACCAAGGAGGGAGAUGUAGUGCAGCGCUUCAAGGUGAAGCAGGUACAAGGGCAUUACUACCUUGAAGCUGGCAUACUUUUUGACAGAUUCAUCUUCUGCGUCUCUUGGCGGGAGAAGUCGAAAUAUGCCACCUUGAUGGUUUAUUCAAAGACGGGAGAGAAAUUGACAUGGACUCGUUUGGAUGUGAAAGGCCGCUGCUUGAGAUGGUUUGUUGACAUCGCGGGACGCCUGGUUUUGAUCUGGGACAGGAGUCCAUAUAUGGAAAUUAUAGAUUUCCGUGGUCUUUUGUGA